CAAGUAUCCUCCAUGAAUUGUCUCAUCGUCCCAUAAACCUAUACAAGGGCAUAUAACUCAUCUUACGUGAUGAAUCAGGAGAAUCUACCCCUGGAACUACCUCGUCUGCCCGCCUGUGCCUCGCCGACCCUGUCCGCCACCGCCCGCUGGCAGGCAGUGGUCCGCCGAGAUGCCACAGCCGAAUCAUUUGUGUACGCUGUGUUAACGACCAAGAUAUAUUGCCGGCCAUCAUGUCCAGCUCGUCUCGCCCGGCGAGCAAAUGUCCAAUUUUACGACACGCCCUCGCUGGCCGAAAAGGCAGGUUUCAGACCCUGCAAGCGCUGCAAACCACAAUCCCUGCGGGCGGGUAAUCCUCAGGUUCAAGUGAUACAGAGGGCAUGUAAAACCAUCCAGUCAGAGAUAGCGUCCGGCUCCAAACCGACACUGCGGGAACUGGCUAGUCAGGCAUGCCUCACGCCAAGUCACUUCCAUCGGGUGUUCAAAAAGCUUGUGGGCGUCACGCCCGGGCAAUAUGCUGUUGCCAUUCUCAAAGUCGCCCCUAGGGGCCCCCUGGAUGACUGCAGCCAAAAUACGAGUAUUACGGAAUUGAAACCAUGCGGUGUUCGUCCUGAUGACCAUGCGCCAUUUUUAUCCAGCGGCUUGAAGAGUGACGAUGUGUUCGAUCCUGGAGAUAUUAUAAACUGGAAUGAUUUUGACACUUUGAUAGCCACGGAAGCUGCGUAUGAGGCUGAAUUUGAUGUACAAUUUAUGGACUUCAUCUCAUUACCCAAGGAAGAUGCCGUAGGUGCCACUGAGCACUAUGGCCAAGAUAUUGGUGAUGCCCUACUGCAACACGAACAAACAAGUCGCCUAGACGGCGGCAUUCACCUCACAGGUGUGGAGACUGCCAUGCCAUCCUGAAAUAGUGGCUUGCUUCUUGACAGGCAGGGCUUCAUGAGAUACUGGAUGAUCCCUGCAUAGGGGGUCCGCUUGGCGCAACCAGGACGGUGGUUAGGCCGUGUUUGUUCUGCUGAAUACCUGUCCAUUGAUCCGUGGAAAAGGAGAAAAACUGAAGUAGGAGGAGAACAGAUGUACUAAAUAACCUGGAUUCAGUAUGGGCUAAUCGCUCCACUCUCCCAGGGGUCCUCAGGAGUCAGAUGGUCAACCUGAAGUAGAUGGGUAGAGCUGGGCCACCAUGGAGUCAGUGCUUCUGGAGAACUGAUAUGCUUCGCCGAUCAUCAACCCCGACCUCUCCAUUACAGGUGAAUUGCAGGUUGUAUUGAAAAGUAUGGACUUGGUGUACUGUGUAUUGAGAUGAAAUCUACCCACUCAAAUACGGAGUAGUUCGCCUUUUUUUAUAUCACUUUUGCACCAGGAUCUGCAAGAGUAUCCCACCGGGGCUUCUAGACUUUUCCUCAGAAAAACAUCAAAUGGAGUUUCAUGUACUCCGUAUGGAGAGGGUGGUCUAGUGCUACAGGCUAACACCCUUCAGUUUACAUGACUUAAAUUGCCGAACGGCCAUGCUAAUACAGCACAUGAUAGUACAGACUAGAUUUAGUUGUGUAAUAUUACAUCAAUUGUUCGAUGAAGGUAUA